GGGCCCCGUCCUCCCGGCGCAGCCAAUGGGCGCCCGGGGGAGCCGGGGCGGCCGCCAAUCGGCGGCGGCUGGACAGUUCCCCGGUCCUGACCGACCUUCACCGCCCGGGGCGGGGGGUGGGGAUAAAAGGGCCCCGCGGCGGCGCGCCGCGCUCCCGCCCCCCCCCCCCCCCCCCGCCCCUCCGCUGCGGCUGCGGCGGCCACGGGCAGCGGCCGGCGGCACCGCGGGGACGGCGGAGAGGUCCGGGCCCGAUGCGGCCUCUGUGCGCCGAAGUGGGAGGCAGCCCCCGGCGGAGCCCGCCAUGCCCUGGAGCGUCCGGUGGGUCGGCGGCCGCGGGGCCCAGUCCCAGAAGCAGUGCAAGAAAUCCUCCUUCGCCUUCUACCAGGCGGUGAGGGACCUGCUGCCCGUCUGGUUCCUGGAGGACAUGCGGACCAUGGAGGUCUUCCACUGGGAGGACGGGGGCAAGGUGAGCGUGUACUCGCCCUCGGAGGCCCUGCUCUACGCCCUGGUGCACGACCACCAGCCCUACGCCCGGCACCUGCUGACUAAGUUCCCCCAGAGCGCCCUGGCCGUGCCCAGCCAAAGCUUCAGCUGCUGCCAGUCCUCGGCCCCGCACCUGGCCAUGGCCGUCCGCUACGACCGGGUCCGCAUCCUCUUCCGAAUCCUCAAGGCCCUCCAAGCCUUCCCGCCGAGCGACAGAGCCGGCCACCUGGACCGCCGGGGCUGCAGCCGCGUGGAGGGCGGCAAGACGGCCUUGCACGUGGCCUGCGAGCUGGUGCGACCCGAGUGCUUGCUCCUGCUGCUCGGGCACGGCGCGUCGCCCUGCUUGCAGGACAGUGCCGGGAAUACCCCUCUCGACACCUUGCUGCAGCAGAUUUCCCACACGCCGGCAGCUAACGUGCGUGCCAAGCUCCUCUGCCUCGACUGCCUCUUCUUCUUCGUGCCUCAGGACCUCCAGUUCACAAUGAAACAGCAACUGUUGGACAACCGGCAGCGGUGGCAGGACCUCCUGGGGGAGAACAGGUUCCUGUGCCUGGUGGGCUUAGCUCCCCCGUCGCUGUUUGUCAGAGCCAUGCGCGUCUUGAUCAGGACCAUUUCACCUGAGCAUUUCCCAGAGGCUCUGGAUGAUCUGCCUCUGCCUCAUUUUCUAAAGCCUUUGGACCUGAAACUGGAGAGCUAGAGGGGGUGGUAUGAGAGCCUCCCGCUCACCUGACAGAAAUAGACUGUUAUGCUAAAAAUGUAUCAGUAUAUGAAGCUGCUAACGCAGCGGCCAAGCAUCUGUUUUAAUUAGAACUGUGUUUUUUAAAAGAAUUGUAUCUGGCACUUUACAAUGUAUUUUAUUUAAAGAUCCUUGUGGUGAGGUGAGGUCCGCACUGCAUUUUAUAAAAACAUUCUAUGGCAUGUACAAAUGAGGGUAUGUGGGAGAACAUAUUUGUAAAUACAUCUGAAUAAACCAGUGGCAGAUGUGAUCAAAAUACAAA